UGUCAUUUCUUGAAAUCUCUCUUCUGAUUCAAAAUCGCAGUGUAACGUGUAUCGUUCUUUUUCAAUCCCAAAAAUGCUUCUUAACAUAGCUUUCCUUCACUUGAUAAUACUAAUAUGCGGCCUAUUUUCAGUUUCGUCGUUACAAUUCACAUCAAAAUCCAUCGCUAAUGCUACUAUGGUAGCCAAACCUGGUUGUGAUAUCAAAUGUGGGAGCUUAACUGUUCCAUUUCCUUUUGGUAUUGGUAACGGAACAGGCUGCUCGAUUGAUCCUUCAUUCGAUAUCACCUGUAAUGUUUCGUUUAAUCCUCCAAAGGCCUUUCUUUCUGGCAAAAAUCUCGAAGUGAUUGAUAUACUAGAUGAUCACAUACUUGUCAAGAACAAUGUUGGGAGUAGGUGUUUCGAUAAAACAGGGACGUUGAUCAAUGCUGACUCGAUAAAACUUAGCUUGGAAUCGACGUCUUUCUCCUUCUCUGAUCUAAACAGCUUGAUGGUAGUAGGCUGCGAUGACUUGGCUCUCAUUUUUGGCUAUAAAGGGAGAAACUUUACCAGUGGAUGCAUUUCUCUCUGUGCGAAAAAAGAGGACAUAAUUGAUGGAUAUUGCUCGGGAAUGGGAUGUUGCCAGACUUCAAUUCCAAAGGGUUUGAAGAGUUUUGUGGGUUCACUUGGGAGUUUGUAUAACCACACAAAUGUGUCCUCUUUUAACCCUUGUGGCUACGCAUUUCUUGGUGAGCCUGAUAAGUUCAUUUUCAAUAGCUCGGAUUUGUCCAAUUCAAGUUUCGUGAACAAGGUUAUAGAGGAAGUCCCUGUGGUGAUUGAUUGGGUUAUUGGAAAUGGUAGUUGCACUGAGGCUAAGAAAUCAGCUGAAUAUGCUUGUGGAGGAAAUAGUGUUUGUGUGGAUUCUAAGACAGGCCUCGGAGGUUAUCGCUGCAACUGCAGUCAGGGAUACCAGGGUAACCCUUAUAUCAGUCCAGGUUGCACAGAUAUAAAUGAAUGUGAGAACGAGAAUCCUUGUGAUGGAAUAUGCAAUAACUUCCCUGGGGGGUACACCUGCACUUGUCCACAUGGUCAGAUUGGUGAUGGCAAAAAGAACGGCCACGGUUGUAUCCCUCGGAACUCUAAGUCACCCAUCCUUCAACUCUCACUCGGUUUGUGCUUUGGCUUUCUGGCUUUGGUCAUCAGUGCAACUUGGAUAUACUUAUGCAUCAAAAGAAGACAACUCCUAAGACUCAGGGAAAGGUUUUUUCAGAAAAAUGGUGGUUUGAUGCUCACGCAGAAACUUCGAUCAAAUGAGGGUGGUAUGGAGUCUGCAGCUAAAAUAUUUACAGCAACAGAACUCGAGAAAUCCACCAACAACUAUGCUGAGGAUCGUAUCCUAGGCCGAGGUGGUUAUGGUACUGUUUACAAAGGCAUCCUUCCUGACAAACGUGUAGUUGCAAUUAAAAAGUCGAGAACAAUGGACGUGAGCCAAAUAGAAUUGUUCAUCAAUGAAGUGAUCAUUCUUUCGGAAGUCAAUCAUCGAAAUGUGGUGAAACUCUUAGGGUGUUGUUUGGAGUCUGAAGUGCCUCUACUAGUCUAUGAAUUCAUCUCCAAAGGUACCCUUUAUAACCAUAUUCACGACGGUGGAGAUCAAACACGUUUGUUUUCUUGGGAAAAUCGAUUGAGGAUAGCGUCUGAAGCUGCUGGUGCUCUCGCGUAUCUUCAUUCUGCAGCUUCUACACCUGUAAUUCAUCGAGAUGUGAAGUCUACAAAUAUACUACUCGAUGAGAAUUACACAGCUAAAAUAUCAGAUUUCGGGGCUUCUAGAUUAGUGUCAUUGGAUCAAACUCAAGUGACUACAUUGGUUCAAGGAACUUUAGGUUACUUGGAUCCUGAGUACUUCCAUACUAGUCAAUUGACAGAAAAGAGCGAUGUUUAUAGCUUUGGAGUAGUGCUUGCAGAGCUCUUAACAGGGCGAAUGCCCCUAGAUACUACAGCAUCUGAGCACGAGAGAAAUCUAGCUGCAUUUUUCGUCAAGUCUAUUAAGGAAAAUCGAUUGUUUCAAGUACUCGAGACACAUGUGCUACGAGAAGGAAGUUUCGAGCAAUGCCAAGGUGUUGCUGAGCUCGCAAAGAGAUGCCUAAGGCUAACGGGUGAAGAAAGGCCUACGAUGAAAGAAGUUGCCAUGGAGUUAGAAGGAUUAAGGAAGUUCACCAAACAUCCAUGGUCUAAAACUGAACAAUGUCAAGAAGAGGAGACUCUUGGAUUAAUAACAGGACAAGCAUCAGACCUUUACGCGAUCAAUAUGACCACGAACUUCAUGGCUAACGGAGAAUUCUCCGGACAACAAAGCUUGGAUAGUCGGAUGAUGUUACAUAUUCAUAGCCCCCGGUGAUCGAUAACUUGUGUAAAGCCUGCAUUGUGUCUGAACUUGUAUGUUGCAGAAUGUAGUGUUUCCCUUUGUACUCUGCUGUUGUUGUUGUUUGUCUGUUAACCAAGUUUGGCAAAAUUAACUCAUGAAAAUAUGACCCGUUAAAACUGUCCAAGUUUAGCUUGGUCGUAGAUCUGUUUAUUUAUUAUCUCAACUCAUUUCAGCCCAUUAAAAACUGAGCUAAAAUGUUGCAUAAUGUAGUUCUCCUUUGUA